CCGUCCCUCACACGUCUCCCAUCGCCCACUACCAUGCUCUCGCCACCAAGCACUGACAACGACGAGCCUCUCGAGCUGCUCGACCUCCCCUCCGAGAUCCUCAGCCAGAUCGCCAGCUUUCUUCCCCAACGCGACCUGCUCCACUUCCUCUCGACCAGCACGGCGCUUCACACUCUCACGGAGACGCAUCUGACCCCACUCCGCGCCGUGAUCAAAGGCGUUGUGCGCAAGGGCCCGCCAUAUCCGCCGCAGUUUGAGGUGCUUCCCUCCCUCCGCCACUUUGUGGGCGAGGACAACGGCCGCCUCUUCCUCGACGUGCUCGUGCGCGCACCGGCGCGCUGGAUCCUCGAGCGCUUCGAGUUUGGCCGCUGGAAAGACGAUAUCUGGAAAGAGGCGUUCGAGCGCCGAUUCUUGCCGAGCUGGAAGAGAUACAAGAACCCAGAAGACAAAUGGCGAGCCGCGUUCCUUCGAACUCUCAGCCGCCUCGACCACAGGGCGUCAGGCUGUGCCCACCACGAAGCCUGGACGAGAUUCAUUCAUCUUAGACGCAACGGAAGUGCAUCGCUGAACCGCAUCUACACGCGCACGUUCGAUCCUUAUGAGAUUCUCGACGAGCUCAAGCAGCAGGGCGGCGUCACGGGGUACCCCACCGUCGUCCGCGUCCUAUGCCACCUCCAAGACGUGCGGAUUCUUGCCGUUGGCGUGCUGGCCAACAAGGCGUCGUACUACGUCAAUCCCAAUGCCCAUUUUGUUGUGCAUCCACCUCUCUUGCGCCCUGUAACCGAGAACACGCGGCCGCGCAAGGUCCCUCACCGCAACAGCGCCCCGCCGCAAGGCACAGGACCCAGUGGCAUCCCAGCGCCCCCGCCCCGGGCCAACUCGAUAUCCUUUGCUGUCCCCAUUGCGGCCGUCCCUGUACUUGGUGUGGCGACAUCAGCGCCAGCCCAGCAGUACGUUCCCUUGACGAGAACAACGUCGGUCGGAUCGGUAGGCGCAGGCGCGACUAGACGGCCUCCCCUCUUCACCGGAUUCAACUGGCGGCCUGGUCGCCGCCACUCGGUCGACAAUGGCCAAGGCAGCUCCUCUGACAAUCCAGAGGCUGUCCCGUCCACUACUCCGUUAUUUCCUCUAACGCGCUCGUGGAGCCGUGAGAGUGAUCGGCGCCGCUCAUGGGCCUUUGGUAUGGGCAGGAGAUCGUCCACAAGCAGUCUACCUCUACCGGGCAGUCCGGUGUCGCCCCUCGUACCCAUCCUCAAUGUCAGCACCGCGGGACCCGGUGGCGACAACUCUGCGAAUACCGCCGCACCCACUCAGCAGCAUGAUCAUCUGACUCUUACUCCACCACCCACUCAACUCACUACCCCUAUCUCCAUGCAGGCCGAAACGCUCCCCACGCUUCCGGAGGACCACUCAGACCCUCCCACUCCACCGACGCCUGAUGCAUCACCGCCACCCAGCCUCCGCCAGCGAUUCCCCUAUCGACCCACGCAAUAUCCUACACCGGCCUACAGUCACGCCCAAUAUCCGAACUACACGCCCUUCGAGGAGGACCCUGAGGAGACCACUCUCGAGGCCCUCCGCCGCGUGCGUGACUUUCGUGCGGACUAUCGCGAGGUUGAGGAGGACGCGGACGAUCGCGUCUGGAGCGGCAACGAGGGUAUCUGGGGUACGGACGGCGAGGCCAUGGCCGAGACGAGCAUUGAGGGUCGCCGCUCCCGUUGGGUCGGGCCCAUGAUUAUCAUCGCGCAACUGUUCCCGAGCUCGCGCAAGGAGGCCUACCCGCCCGGCGUGCCGCAAGACUCUGAGGUCGAGGGCAUUCAGCCCAACCUCGGCCCUAAUGGGAUGUACGCCAGCUUUGGGUGGGAGGACUUUGACACACUCCUGCCGUGGAUUGAGCUUCACGGUUCGGGUCCGGACCACGGCCCACGACGCGCAGGUAUGGGCUUUGACACAGCCACCGAGGAGUAGGCGGCUGUAUAUCUUCACCUUGGUCACCCCGUCUUUGGCACACUUUCAUCAGCCCACUCAUGCACCUGUUCAUGUUGUACUCUAUGCAUCCCCUGGGAGCUCUGAUCUGCUCGGUGGGCAGCGAUGAGAUAGUGGGGACCAGAAGGGGCUGAUGCGGAAUGGCGCCGUGCCUGUUCAUGUCAUCCCUGGGUGGCAACAUUUCGCCACCCGCUUCACCAUGCGAGUCAGAUCGAUGCCGUCGACGGCGGAGCACAACGCUGGCGGCCGUCGGCAGGCUGGUGAUGAACACUCGGGGUACUCUGCAUGAUGCCAAAGGCAGAUGCCGAGACAAAUGCAGAGCGAGCUCGCUAGGAAGAAC